UGCUCACUACAAAUCUCAAAUUUUAAUCUUUCUCUGUAAUUUUUUCAAUGGCCAAAUGUAGCAGCUUAACUUAAUCUCAGUUAAUGCAAAUUGGGCAUUCUUGAUUCUGCCAUUUUGAUUUCUAUUGAAGGGUGCAUAUGUUUUUAUAGCAUGUUUCUGUUGGAUAGGUGCUAGAGGUGAAAAGUUUUCGAUUCAAAAAUGGUGUUUUGGGAAGGAUACGCGAGCGAUGAAACGAUGGGGACGUUUGCUCCGCUUGUGGUGUACUGGCUGUAUGCCGGGUUCUAUCAGCUCCUCCCGCCAUUAGAUAAGUAUAGGUUGCACACGAGAACAGAAGAAAACGAGAAGAAUUUGGUGCCGUUAGGGUCUGUGAUCAAGGGGGUUCUUCUUCAGCAGUUUUUCCAGGCUGUUGUUGCUGAAUUGCUCUUCUUGAUAACUUCAAAUACAAGUUCUUCCGGGGACGUUGUCCAACCCUCUCUUCCCAUCCAAGCUGUGCAAUUUGUGAUCGCUAUGCUGGUGAUGGACACAUGGCAAUACUUUGUGCAUCGUUACAUGCACCUAAACAAGUUCCUCUACCGCCACAUCCACUCUCAGCAUCAUAAACUAGUAGUCCCCUACGCCAUCGGGGCUCUCUACAACCAUCCGCUGGAAGGCCUUUUGUUGGACACGUUCGGUGGUGCCAUAUCCUUCCUCGUUUCUGGAAUGACCGCACGUACUGCUGUUUUCUUCUUCUGUUUCGCUGUGAUCAAGACCGUGGACGAUCAUUGUGGGCUCCGGCUGCCUGGCAAUAUCUUCCAUCUGCUUUUCCAGAACAACACUGCUUACCACGACAUUCACCAUCAGCUCCAAGGUACGAAAUUCAACUAUUCGCAACCGUUCUUCCCCUUGUGGGACAAACUGCUUGGGACGUACGCGGCAUAUACACUGGUGAAGCGGCCCGAAGGGGGCUACGAGGCGAGGCUGAAAAAAGACUAGUUGUUGUGCCACAUCUUCAGUAGGAGGCUCUGUAUGUGUCAAAGUGAGUGAAAAAACUGUAGCUUAUUAUUUUCUUUAUUAUUUCAUCCCUGUUUAUUUAUUUGCCACAUUUCCUCCAUCACUGACUUGAGAAAGAUUGUGAUACAAUUCACAUGUAAUAUCAACACUAAUGAACUUCAUUUUGUUUUUAAGAUUUGUUUGUUUACAA